AUGUCAGGCCUUCGCUACUUCUCCUACAAAGAUCACGGAGCUCGUCUCCUUGAGCAAAUGAACUACAACCAAGCCGUUCGCGUAGGCGACCGAAUUGAGACGGCAGGUCAAGGAGGAUGGUGCCCCAAGACGGGAGAGAUUCCUUCCGAUCUCCUCGAGGAGAUUGACCAGGUCUUCACCAACAUUGACCUCGCGCUGAAGGAUGCCGGAGGCCAGGGUUGGACCCAGGUUUAUCGCAUUCGCCUGUUCGCCCUCGAUGAUGCCAUGACCCCUGAGGCUCUCGGCCGCAUGGUCGAGAACGUCAAGAAGUGGGCGCCCGAUCACUGCCCAAUCCUCACCGGCGUUGGUGUGACGAAGCUUGGUCAACCUGGGAUGCGUGUUGAAGUCGAGGUCGCAGCCUACGACCCUGAAGGUGCCAAGACUCUGCAGUAG